CGGAAAAGUGACGGGAAGCAAUAGCGGAUAUGGACGUCUUUACGCGCGCGAUCUCUCGCUCCGGCACCGGACGCCUUCCAGGAGCGGUGGAAGAAACUGACGGUGCCGCACCGUCUGUUGACAGGCAAACCAGCCGCCUGGCUCGAUACCGUCUUUUUCUCCUGAGCGCAUGUGCCGCCCGCAGUCGUUCUUCCGCCUCCGCUAUGUCGGCAAGAACGGCAUCUGCCGCCGCCUCCGGUACGCCGCCUCCGAGGCCGUUGCAUCACGCGCGUGGAAUGCACCGCGCGCGCCGUCGAGAACGUCGGGGAACGCGGAGCGCUUUGCGUGUAUCCGCGUUUAUCACGUGCCUAAGAAUACACCUGAUCCGUGCGCUUUAUCACGCGUGCCGAGUGCCGAGGCAAACAUGUCCGGUGUCCGACUCGAUAUUCCGAGCGAGCGGAAUUUCGGUUAUUUCUGUGGCCCGAGAGGUAGCAGAGGUACUCUCACGCGCGCAGGUUAUCAUCAUCGUGAUGACGACGGUAAUCGUCGGGGCUUAUAAAAACAAGAGAGACGUCGUUUCCUCAAAUGCGGACGUUAUAUCGUAUUACAAACCUCGUCCACGACAUUACUUUCUCGAUCAAUCACUUAUGGACAAGAUAAUCGGCCAGCAAACAUUAUUCGACGUACCAUUAAGAGACCAAACUAUCAGCCAGCAAACUCUUCACGAAACAUCCUUGAAAGAACAAAGUGUCUACCCGUCCGGCUCUUCAAUUUUUCACCAACAACCAUCGAAGCAGAAUUUAUUUCACAUGGUAACAGCUUUCAGAGACAAACCGUUGUUGAAAGACGCGCUGCUGAAGGACCAUGAAUUGCUCGGAGAACGAGCAAUCUUCAGAAACAGCCCCUUCGAAGGACAAAGCGCGUCGGAGAUCUUCGAGGAACCAACGUCAGCGUAUAGAAGUCAAGCACCGUUCAAGAAACAAUUGUUAACGCCUGAAGCGCCGUUUAAAAACUUAUUUCACGGACAGUCACCCCCAGGUGAACAAGCACCGAAGUACUUUCAAAAGCAAACGGCUCACAUCGAUUCUCCGGCCAUCUCCAACCCGAUCAAAUUUUAUCGAGAUGAUUUUUACAGUAAACCGAUCGAUUCGUACGGGCGGCAGAAAGACGCUAUGACCUACGAAGGACCCACGAUAUACACGGAAUACGAUAAUCACGCUCUCGAAUUGCCUCCGAUGCCGAUGGUUUCGUCUUACAAGCAUCUUCCCGCAUUAAACGCCGAAAUUCCCGCAACACAGCCGUCUACGCUCGUCGUUAGUCACGGAUCCGCUUCUUCGGUAUCUCCCGUUUCUUCCGGUAUGAACAAAAUGCAUUCGCUUUCAGACGCUUUCAAGAUAAAGCUUGGCUCAGCAUCGACUUUACAGUCGGCUAUUUCACCGUUAAACGGCAAAUGCAACACGCUGGUUGACAGCUUGUCAACGACGCCCAACAAUGCAGUUACAACCAUGCCAUCAAAUUCAGUUAGUACAAACCAAUCCUCGAUUGUAGGUCAUAUCUUAACGAGUUUAACAACCAAGCCAAGUUCACCUGUCAUGGAUACAGUAACUCCAAUAAUGCCGUUCGUCGAGAACACUUUCGAGCCGAUCCACUUCCAUGCUACUAAAUACGGGGCUGUCCUGGCACCUUCUUUCAUCUCCCAAAAUGAAUUGAAGAACAACAUACAUACCUAUCCGCUUCCGGAGACGCCGAAGACUGGCUUGAAGAUCGAUGAGCACAAGCUGAAAUACCUGAUGCCGGAAGCGCCAAAGAACAACAUGAAGAUCGAUAACCAAAGGCCCAUGUUGAAUUACAUCCUCUCUGAAGAGCAGAAGAGUAUGCUGAAGAACGACAUUCAGAGCUCUUUCGCAAACAACGCGUUGUCCGAGGUGUUUAAACACGGCUGGUCCUUGCAACAAUUCUCGCAGCCGGAAACAUCGUCCAGCUAUGCUCCAUUGUCCCCGAAUGGAAAGAUGAACCUCAUUUUACCGAGUACACCGGUCGCAUCUGCCUCGACUAUUCCUUGGCCGAUGGUGACCAAACACAAUAUUCCCGUGGUGCUACCAGCACAAUCCAUAAUGGCAUCUGAAGGGUCGAGUAACAAUAUGCCGCUAGAAAUAAAUUUACCUUUGGAUUUCAUGGCGAGCAUGCCAAACAGCCUGGCUACAAGUAUACCCGAUAAUAUAUCUGGAAGCAUAACUGGUGGCGUAUCAACGAGCAUACCUGGUGGCAUGACGACGGACAUGCCUGCGAGCGUACCAACUUUGAACCUGGGGCAAAGUUUACAUCGCGCGGAACAAUUACGACAAACUCAAGAGGCAAGAAACCCUUGGUACCCCACAGGUUUGCAGCUGCAACUAGGCGGUUUUGGUGGGAUAAAUUACACGUUACACACGAGUAAUCCCACCGCGGGGCCGAUUGAGCUUGAGAUCGCGAAAGCAGGCUUAACUCCGCCGAAAUUACCACAACCACACGUUCCUGCAUUUGCAAAAGUCAGAGUUGGACACCAUCUGUGAAAACGGUGUGCGAUUACCCUCGUUAUACGCAUUUACAUUGCAAUGCGAUGCACAGGUGUACAUAUCCGAGGUGUUACGUAGUACAAAUGCUGCAGCCAGCAGCAGGAGAAUUACCAAAGCGGAUCACGUCUCUCUGGACUUAAGAAUUUAUUUCUGAUUGGGACACGCCGGCGUUUCAAAAUUUAUCGACGGAAAGAUGUAUUUAGUAGAUA